AUGACCAUGACUGCCAACAAGAAUGCCAGUGUCAACAGCAGAGCUGGAGGGAGUAAAGUGCCUCAGGACACUCUGGAUAGGUGUCAGUCAGUCUCUCCACCGCCUCUUUUGUCCCCGCGAAGAAGCCCAGCCUACCCCCUCAGCGAUAGUGAGGACUCUUGCCGCUCUACUCGGCUCACCAAAGUCUCCAACUCCAGACUGCGCCUCAAGGACUGGAGCACCCGCACGUGUACGCUGCGAAGCACCUCCACAAGCCCAUCAGACACUGAACUGUCGGGCCACCCUCUAAAAGCCAUCAGUGUGGGCGCUUUGGAUAAAAGGCUGUCUGUGUUCAAGGCCGAGGACCAGAAGGAGAGUCCAAAGGAGACUCAAGAUGGGGAAGCAAUAGGGAGCCAUCUGCUCGCCCGGAGCACUCUGUCCUUGGGCACUGCCACCAACUUGAGGAACCUCUCCCUCAGCCGGGCGAGCGUCCGCUCCCAGGCGCUGGACAUCAGGCAGAAAAUCACAGAAUGGGAGUGCCGCCGGGAGCCAUCCCCCAGGAUGAGCAUGUGUGUGGACAAGAGGGAUGCUGGGGAGAGGUCGGGCAGUGAGAGCUGCCCCAGCGUACUGACCUCUCCCUGCAGCGAGAAGACGUUUGAUUUCAAAGGGCUCAGAAGAAUGAGCCGAACAUUUUCCGAGUGCUCUUACCCGGAAACGGAGGAGGAGGAACUGCUGGACAGGGAUUCCUGCCAUCGGUUCGAAAAGAGACCAGGCAGGAGCGAGCCUCCUUCUGCUGCUUUCCUCAAGGGCCAUGUGAGGAAAGAGUCCUCUGCCGUGCUCAACAGAAUACAGAAGAUUGAGCAGGCACUGAAAGAGCAGCCCGGCAGAGGCCUCCCCCAGCUACCAAGUAGCUGUUACAGUGUUGACAAAGGGAGGAAAAAGUCUGUGACUCUGAGCACUGUGGAGGGACUGAGUGAAACCCUAAGUGAUAGCAAAGGAGGGAGUGUUAUUUUGGGGAGUGAACCAGAAACACCUACUGAGGCUGAGAAAAGCAGUAAGACAAAACAGGGGGUUACUGCAAACUCAGCUGGCCCUAAACUGCUCCUUGAAAGCCCAGCUAACACUGCGGUGAAUCCCGUCCCCAAGCCUAAACGCACCUUUGAAUAUGAAGCAGACAAAAACCACAAAACUAAACCAAGCAAUGGCCUACCUCCAUCUCCUACACCUGCUGCUCCUCCUCCCCUCCCAUCCACCCCUGCACCCCCCGUGACCAGAAGGCAGAAGAAAGAGUCGCGCUUUCACAGAAAAUCCCAGAAUAGAAAAUCCUUUGAGUUUGAGGAUGCAUCAAGUCUGCAAUCCCUGUACACUCCCUCCCCAACUGAAAAUGGGACUGAGAGCCAGCAUAAAUUUGGAUCCAAGAGCACUUUAGAAGAAAAUGCCUAUGAAGACAUUGUAGGCGAGUCGCCCAAGGAAAACCCGUACGAGGAUGUGGAGCUGAAAGGCCGUCACGCGGGCCGAAAAUCCCAUCAGCUCUCCGAGAAUUCCCUAGAUUCUUUGCACAGGAUGUGGACGCCGCAGGACAGGAAAUACACAUCACCUCCCCAGCUACCUUCGAAGCCCAGCAGCCAGUCUCUGCGCAUCGGGAACUGGUCAGAAAGGAAGAGCCACCGCUUACCACGGCUGCCCAAGCGGCACAGCCACGAUGACAUGCUGCUGCUGGCUCAGCUUGGCAUUCCCUCUUCCCCUUCCAGCCUCAAUGAGGACAGCCUGAGUACCACAAGCGAGCUGCUGUCUACACGGCGGGCCAGGAGGAUCCCAAAGCUUGUCCAAAGAAUCAAUUCCAUCUACAGUGCAAAAAGAGGAAAAAAACGAUUGAAGAAACUUUCUAUGUCCAAUAUUGAAACAGCAUCCCUACGAGAUGAGAACAGCGAGAGUGAGAGUGACUCAGAUGACAGGUUUAAAGCUCAUACCCAGCGUCUAGUACACAUCCAGUCAAUGCUGAAGAGGGCUCCAAGUUAUCGAACCCUGGAACUGGAGCUGAUUGAAUGGCAGGAACGGGAGUUAUUUGAGUAUUUUGUGGUAGUGUCACUGAAAAAGAAGCCCUCUAAAAACACUUACCUCCCAGAAGUGACGUAUCAGUUUCCCAAGCUAGAAAGACCAACCAAGCAAAUGCGUGAAGCCGAGGAGCGUCUCAAGGCUAUCCCUCAGUUCUGCUUUCCUGAUGCCAAGGACUGGCUCCCUGUCUCCGAAUACAACAGUGAGACCUUCUCUUUCAUGCUGACUGGGGAAGAUGGGAGCCGGCGGUUUGGUUAUUGCAGGAGGCUGUUGCCAAGUGGAAAAGGUCCACGCCUACCUGAAGUUUAUUGUGUCAUCAGCCGGCUGGGGUGCUUUGACUUAUUUUCCAAGAUCCUGGAUGAGGUUGAAAGGAGAAGGGGAAUAUCUGCUGCCCUGGUUUAUCCAUUUAUGAGGAGUCUGAUGGAAUCUCCUUUUCCUGCACCUGGAAAGACAAUCAAAGUCAAAACCUUUCUGCCUGGAGCUGGAAACGAGGUCAUUGAGUUGCGGCGGCCCAUGGACUCGCGCCUGGAACAUGUGGACUUUGAAUGCCUUUUCAAGUGCCUCAGCAUUCGUCAGAUCAUCAGGAUCUUUGCUUCUCUCCUGUUGGAGCGGCGUGUGAUUUUUGUAGCAGACAAGCUCAGCACCCUUUCGAGCUGCUCGCACGCCGUGGUGGCCCUGCUGUACCCCUUCUCCUGGCAGCACACCUUCAUUCCUGUUCUGCCCUCAUCCAUGAUCGACAUCGUGUGCUGCCCUACCCCCUUCCUGGUGGGACUGCUCUCCAGCUCUCUGCCCAAACUGAAGGAGCUGCCCGUAGAGGAGGCUUUGAUGGUUAACCUGGGAUCUGAUCGAUUCAUCAGACAGAUGGAUGAUGAAGACACACUAUUACCUAGAAAAUUGCAAGCUGCUCUGGAGCAGGCUCUGGAGAGAAAGAACGAACUGAUAAAUCAGGAUUCAGAUAGUGAUUCAGAUGAUGAAUGUAACACCCUGAAUGGAUUAGUGUCUGAGGUUUUUAUCCGAUUCUUUGUGGAGACAGUUGGCCAUUAUUCCCUGUUCCUAACCCAGAAUGAAAAAGGAGAGCGUGCCUUCCAAAGGGAGGCUUUCCGUAAAUCUGUGGCCUCCAAGAGUAUCCGCCGCUUCUUGGAAGUUUUCAUGGAAUCCCAAAUGUUUGCUGGCUUCAUCCAGGACAGAGAGCUGAGAAAAUGCAGGGCAAAAGAUCCUAGCGGGAAGCGACAGCAAGUUGCGUCCGUCAGGAAAAAGGCGCAGCACGGAACGCGGCAGCAGCCCCGGGGCCGCGGUGCCCCCCGGGUGCCCGGCGAGCCGUGA